GUCUCUGCUCCCCGGGAACAGAGACAGGAUGAGAGGUAAUGGCCUCAAGCUGUGCCAGGCGGUGGUCAGGUUGAAUAUGAGGAGGAAUUCCUUCCCCAGCAGAGCGCUCGGGCAGCGGCACAGACUGCACAGGGAGCGGCGGGGUCACCAUCGCCAGAGGUGCCCCACAGCUGUGGGGAUGUCAGGGAGGGUACAGUGGGGGCGGGCAGGGCUUGGGGAUCCGAGAGCUCUUUUACAGAAUGAAAACACACCACCACCAAACCUAAAACUUUCUUUUUACAUUUAUUUAUGUUUUUUUCCCCCCUUCAAUCUCCAGACCUCCCCAGCGGGAAAACCGGCCCCAAGAAGGGGGGACUCGCCCCCCUCAUCCUCACUCGAGGUGAGGGGCGGGAGGAGGGCCCGCCGCGCUGUGACGUCAUCGCCCGCGGCCCGGCGGCGCCUCUCGGCUGUGCGCGUCGGCCCUCCGCGCUCCCCCUCCCCCCGCCCCCCUCCCGUCCCCGCCACCUCCUCGCGGCCACCGUAGCGGCGGAACCCCCCCUCGCCGGCCACCGUCCCGGGGAGGAGGCGCCGCGGCGGCGGAUGGUCCGCGUCGUCCCGCCGCCCCCCGGCCGCCCCUCCUCCCGCAGUCGGCGGCGGCGGCGUCGGCGGCAGAUGGCGCGGGAGCGCGGGGUGCGGCGGGGCCCGGGCUGGAGGGGCGGGAGGCCGCGGCGGCUGCUGUUGGCGCUGCUGUUGCUGCUGUUGCCCGCCGUGCCGGGGCUCGGGCCCGCCGCCGCCGCUGCCGCCGAGGAGAAGGAGGAAGAUGGGGGAGCGGCGAAGGAAUGCGACAAACCGUGCGCCAACGGCGGGCGGUGCCAGCCGGGCAGCGGGCAGUGCGAGUGUCAGCCCGGCUGGGUGGGCGACCAGUGCCAGCACUGCGGGGGACGCUUCAGACUCACUGAACCUUCAGGGUACGUAACGGAUGGGCCUGGGAACUACAAAUACAAAACAAAAUGCACCUGGCUAAUUGAAGGGAGGCCAAACACAAUCCUGAGGCUUCGAUUCAAUCACUUUGCCACAGAGUGCAGUUGGGACCACUUAUAUGUGUAUGAUGGAGACUCAAUUUAUGCUCCUUUACUGGCAGCUUUUAGUGGUCUGAUUGUUCCUGAGAAAGACAGCAAUGAAACGGUACCAGAAGUUGUAGCUACUUCUGGAUAUGCUCUUCUGCAUUUCUUCAGCGAUGCUGCUUAUAAUUUGACAGGGUUUAACAUCACAUAUAAUUUCAAUAUGUGUCCCAAUAAUUGCUCCGGCCGAGGAGAGUGCAGGCUCAAUAACAGCAGCAAUUCUCUUGAAUGUGAAUGUGCCAAAUACUGGAAGGGAGAAGCUUGUGAUAUUCCCUACUGCACAGAUGAUUGUGGGGCACCAGAGAGGGGAUUUUGCAACUUCAAUGAUACUAAAGCAUGUGUUUGCUCUGCAGGCUGGCAAGGUCCUGGCUGUUCAAUUCCUGUUCCUGCAAAUCGGUCAUUUUGGACCCGUGAGGAAUAUUCUCUUCCAAAACUUCCUAGAGCAUCUCACAAAACCAUCAUCCACAACAAUAAAAUGUGGAUUGUUGGAGGCUACGUCUUCAAUCAUUCUGACUCUCAGAAGGUUUUAGCGUAUGAUCUUAUUUCUGAAGAGUGGCUUCCACUGAAUAACACUGUGAACUCAGUAGAGAUGAGAUACGGUCAUUCACUGGCAUUACAUAAGGAUGACAUAUACAUGUAUGGUGGAAAAAUAGAUGCCACGGGGAAUGUGAGCAGCCAGCUGUGGGUGUUCAACAUUCCCAGGCAGUCCUGGACUCAGGCAGCACCGAAAGCCAAGGAGCAGUACGCUGUGGUUGGCCACUCGGCACACAUUGUCACCUUGGAGGAUGAGAGCGUGGUCAUGCUUGUCAUCUUUGGGCACUGCCCCCUUUAUGGGUACAUCAGCAACGUCCAGGAGUACAACUUAGCCACAAAUACGUGGAGCAUCUUACAGACAAGUGGAGCUUUGGUACAAGGAGGUUAUGGUCACAGUAGUGUUUAUGAUCCACAUACAAGAUCCAUUUAUAUCCACGGAGGUUACAAGGCAUUCAGUGCCAACAAAUACAAGUUAGCUGAUGACCUUUACAGAUAUGAUGUUGAUUCCCGGAUGUGGACGAUUCUUAAAGACAGCAAAUUUUUCCGCUACUUGCACACCGCCGUGAUAAUGAGCGGAACCAUGCUGGUGUUUGGGGGGAACACACACAACGACACCUCCAUGAGCCACGGUGCUAAGUGCUUUUCCUCUGAUUUUAUGGCCUAUGAUAUGGCCUGCAACACGUGGUCCGUUCUUCCUCGCCCAGGUCUCCAUCAUGAUGUGAACAGGUUUGGACAUUCUGCAGUGCUGUACAACAGCACCAUGUAUAUAUUCGGAGGCUUCAACAGCCUCCUGCUGAGUGACAUCCUGAAGUACACACCAGAGAGAUGUGAGGCCUUUGCUAACGAGACCGCCUGCAUGCAUGCAGGGCCCGGUGUGCGCUGUGUCUGGGAUCCUGCCCGACCCGGCUGUGUGCCCUGGGAAAUGGCCACAUUGCAGCAGCAGCAAAAGGUCCUUGAGGACUGCCCUGCCAAGCCAGUUGUAGACAAUGAAAAAUGUGAUCAGAUUACAGACUGCUAUAGCUGUACAGCAAACACAAACAACUGUCAGUGGUGCACCGACCAGUGUAUAUCAAUGCAUAACAACUGCACGGAGGAACAGGUUCCCAUUACUGCUUAUGAGAAUUGUCCUAAGGAUAACCCUGCCUAUCACUGUAACAAAAGGACAAGCUGUAAAAGCUGCGCCAUGGAUCAGAACUGUCAGUGGGAACCCAGGAAUCAGGAGUGCAUUGCUUUACCAGAAAAUAUCUGCGGAACAAACUGGCAUUUGGUCAGCAACUCUUGCCUGAAAAUCACAAAUGCAAAGGAGAACUACGACCACGCCAAGCUGUCCUGCAGGUCCAGCGGAGCUUCGCUGGCUUCUCUCACCACCCAGAAAAAGGUGGAGUUUGUUCUGAAGGAGCUGCAGAAGAUGCAGUCUUCGUCCAAAGCAUUGACUCCUUGGGUUGGCCUGAGGAAGAUCAACGUGUCAUACUGGUGCUGGGAGGACAUGUCACCCUUCACCAACACCCUGCUCCAGUGGCUUCCUGAUGAACCCAGCGAUGCUGGAUUUUGUGGUUAUCUAGCUGAGCCUUCCAGCCAGGGACUGAAGGCAGCAACGUGCAUCAAUGAAGUCAAUGGCAGUGUCUGUGAAAGGGCAGCCAACCACAGCGCCAAGCAGUGCCGCACGCCCUGCGCCCUGCGCACCAUGUGCGGUGAGUGCACGAGUGGCAGCUCCGAGUGCAUGUGGUGCAGCAACAUGAAGCAGUGCGUGGACUCCAACGCCUACGUGGCCUCCUUCCCCUACGGGCAGUGCAUGGAGUGGUACACCAUGAGCAGCUGUCCACCUGAAAACUGCUCAGGCUACUGCACGUGCUCUCACUGCCUGGAGCAGCCUGGCUGUGGGUGGUGCACGGAUCCCAGCAACACCGGCAAGGGGAAAUGCACUGACGGCUCCUACCGAGGUCCGGUCAAGGUGCCAACCCCAUCUGCAACGGGAAAACAAAGCUUGGAGCCUGUCCUUAAUGUCAGCAUGUGUCUUGAAGAGCAUAAUUAUAACUGGUCCUUCAUCCAGUGUCCAGCCUGUCAGUGCAAUGGGCACAGUAAGUGCAUAAAUGAAAGCAUCUGUGAGAAGUGUGAAAAUCUGACAACUGGCAAACACUGUGAAACCUGUAUCUCUGGCUACUACGGUGAUCCUACUAAUGGAGGAACAUGCCAGCCUUGCAAGUGCAAUGGCCACGCCUCCGUCUGCAACACCAACACAGGGAAGUGUUUCUGCACCACCAAGGGAAUCAAAGGAGAUGAGUGUCAACUGUGCGAAGUAGAAAACCGAUAUCAGGGAAAUCCACUUAAAGGAACGUGUUACUAUACUCUUCUCAUUGACUAUCAGUUCACCUUCAGCCUUUCUCAAGAGGAUGAUCGCUAUUACACAGCAAUCAACUUUGUAGCAACACCUGAAGAGCAAAACAGAGACCUGGAUAUGUUUAUCAACGCAUCGAAAAACUUCAACCUCAAUAUUACUUGGGCAACAAGCUUUGCAGCUGGCACGCAGGCUGGGGAGGAAAUUCCUGUUGUUUCAAGAACGAAUAUAAAGGAAUACAAGGACAGCUUCUCCAAUGAGAAGUUUGAUUUCCGCAACAAUCCAAACAUCACCUUCUUUGUCUACGUCAGCAACUUCACCUGGCCAAUAAAAAUACAGAUUGCAUUCUCACAACACAGCAACUUUAUGGACCUGGUACAGUUCUUUGUGACGUUUUUCAGUUGUUUCCUGUCUCUGCUCCUGGUGGCAGCUGUGGUCUGGAAGAUUAAACAGAGUUGCUGGGCAUCGCGAAGAAGAGAGCAACUACUCCGUGAGAUGCAACAGAUGGCAAGUCGCCCCUUCGCCUCCAUCAACGUUGCCUUAGAAACAGAUGAAGAGCCGCCAGAUCUCAUUGGGGGAAGCAUAAAGACCGUGCCGAAGCCGAUAGCGCUGGAGCCGUGCUUUGGUAACAAAGCAGCCGUUCUCUCUGUAUUUGUGAGGUUGCCUCGAGGGGUUGGGGGUAUCCCACCACCAGGACAGUCAGGUCUUGCUGUGGCCAGUGCACUGGUGGACAUUUCACAACAGAUGCCAAUUGCCUACAAAGAGAAAUCGGGUGCAAUACGAAAUCGGAAACAGCAGCCCCCUGCACAGCCAGGAACCUGUAUUUGAUGCAUGGACAUCAGAAACUCUAUAGGGUUUUAAUCAAAAUGGAGAAGUACCACCAAGGAGGAGGAGGAGGAGGAGGAGGAAGAUUCUCAAGUUGUGUGUCACAAGAGACUAGAAGCACUCGGAAAAACACAGCUUCCUUGAACCCAACCUUUUCUCUCAUCUACGUGAUAGUUGGCUUUAUUUGGCAACUGCUCCACUUAAGUUUUACUGACACGUGGCUUCAGAUUGCGCCUUUGUUUUCUUCAAGUUUAAAGUAAAAUAAUUUUCUUGCAGGUCCAGUAACAUCCGAUCGCCACCGUUCAUGGUCAGUGUAAAUAGAACAGUAGUCCUAUGAAUGACACUCAGGUUUAUACAUGGAAAGUGCUUUGUAGUUCAUGUAUUUAUCAAACUGUACAAAAAAAAAAAAAAAAGAUGCAGUGUUUACAGGUGUCAGCUCUCAACACAUAAACACUACUAUUAAUCUUCAGAGCAUCUUCAUCCUUUUUUUUUUAUUAUUCCCACAUUAUUUAAGUGGAACUCUCUUCCAGAUACAGUUUUUGUUGCCAUGGCCCACAGCAUCAGGAAGGGGAAAGCUAGAGUGGCUCAGAGGGUGAGUUUGUAUGUUGCUCAGACUGCUUGUUACACCUGGAGAAGUGGAACGUCACUGCUGAAGGACUCUGUGUUUACAUAGUGUUAACCUACUUGGAGUACACCACACACAAGUGCCUAGACUUGAACAGAUCUAGGGAGCAAGGAGACUACUACGCAGUUCUUUUAAACAUAAUUAUGUCCCUUUUCAAUAUAUAUAUGUGUACACAAACGUAUACAUACAUAUAUAUAUAUACGUAUGGUCACCCAAGGCAACCUGUGUUCUUUACAGUAUAUCACAUGUGGUCAGGGGAAAAUGGCAUUUUCCUGACCAGCAAACUUCUGAGCCAGAUGGAAAUAUCUGGAGGGAAAGCAGAGUUUCGGAAUCUCAUAAGAAAGUCCCUGGUUUCACUGGUGCUUUUAAUAGAAGCACUUUGUGUUCUGGGUCAGAUAUGUUACAUUUCUUCUGCGUUGCUCUGCACAGUUUGGCCUCUUUCCUUCUCUCUUCCCUUGGCCUGUUUUUAUGGGUACAAUCUGAGCUGAGCUGUGCUGAUGCAGAGAAACAUCACUCCUCAGCUGUAAGACUUUGUCCCAGCUCCUCGGUGGGUGUAAAGAGCAGCACUCCACUAGCCAGAGGUUUGAAGAUGAAGAAUUUGUAUAAUAAUCAUAAUUGAACAAAGGCAGAGCAUCUUCAUUGGGCCAUGUUUGAAUUUUCCAUGAUUUCUGUGAUUAAUUCUGGAUGUUCCCCAUUCAGGUCGAGCUGCUGUAGGUGUUGAAGUUGGCUUGGUGAAAGGAAGGGGCUUGCAAAGAGCGAGAAGAAGGUUUGGCUUUUGGGGGAUGUAUCAAAUCAUCCCAUGGUUUUUAAAGUAAACUAGUCAGGAUCAUGGCUUGAGGCUCCAGGUUGGACUUUGCCCAUCAAUCUCCAUACUGCCACACGAGAUCGCCUCUGCUUCUGCUAGUUGUAGGGAAUGCUGUGCCAAGACCAUGAGGAGCUGGGAUAGUGAAACCACUGGGAAGAUGCUGAGGUGCCAAAUGAGGUGUUAGUUGAUCACUUGAAGUGUGGUUCCAUUCAGAUUGCUGGUUUCUGAUGAGGACAUCAGGUGGUUGUGGAAAGGAGAAGGGACAAAUCUGGGGGAGCGAAGGGAAGAGCUAUCAAAUCUCUUCUCCAAAACGAAAACCAGUACCUGCAUCUUUUUUUGUGCACAUUUUGGCCGUCGCUCACAUAUCAGCCUCCUGUUCCUUUCUGUCAGUAUGUGUUUCAAAGAGCCUUUUUGGAGCACGGCGUUGCAAUAAAGGUGUGAGCUGCUGUGUGUAUCCAGCUGGUGGUGAUGGGGUCAUCAGUCCCUGGUGGGCACAUUCAUCAAUGUGUUCGAUAACAAAUCCGACAGAACAGCAGGAAAAAACAUGGUGGGAAUAAUGCAUAUAUCCAUGUAUGCAUGUAUGUAUAUAUGCAUGUAUGUAUGUAUAUCCCACAGUGUUUCUAUACCAGAAGUGUAGAAGCCCACUGGGGAAGACUGAGGGAGGAAGAACGAUGAACAGUGUCUUUCAGAAUGAAGGGUUUAGACAAUUAAGUCAUAACUGAUGCACAAUUACCUCAGACAGAUUCAUCUCCUGAAGCUAUUUUGUAACUUUCUAUGUGUAUAGGGCUAACCUGGACUAGGCUGUACCAGAGAAGUACUACUGGACUAAAAUCCCUCCCCUGUGCUUACGUUCCCACUUUUGGUUCUGAUGCACAUCCUCACGCUCUGAGAUAUCUACUCCCACUUCUCCAACCCUUCUGGGGAGGAGAACUGCCAACCCAACCCGAGAAAACUCUUGUGCUGAAGUCUCUGUUCCGAACUGCAGGCCUGGAAGGGCGACGCGUUGUUAACGUUAGGAAAAAUGAUCUGAUUUUCCCCCACAGAGAGCUGGGUGGUCCGGUCUCAAGAGGGGUGUAGCCACAGAGGUGUCAGAAAGGCAAAAGAUGAGCAGAAAUGAUCCAGUGUUGACGAUGGGCAGAACCAAAAAACGUAAAUAGAGGAACAAGGCGUAUUUAUAUAAAUCAAACCCAACGGCGCCUGUUGGAUGCGGCUCAGCUCUGCAUCUCAUCUCCAUACUGAUGAGGGAAAGAGAGAACUCUCAUACAUAUCUCCACUGCAAACAGUUUCAUCCCAGCUCAAAGGUAGAAGUGAGGCGAAGGUGGGAGCGCUGCCGGUGGUUCAUCAUCGGGCCAGUAUCCCAAGUGAAGGAUUUGUGGGGUGAUUGAGCUUGGAGGUGAGGGAGGGGGAAGAGCGACGUUAUUUCAUGGGAGAAUCUGUAAAUAAAUGGAAAAUAACACACCGAUUUUGCACUUGUACAUAAACUAUACAGUAGCGUGCAGAACGUGGGAAGAUUUAAAGUGUAUAUAAACCAGAAAAAAAAAAAAUAUUGAAUGUAUUUUUGAUGCAUUUUAAAUGACGUAUGAGUUUUGUCUUAAUAACUUCUUCGUAUGAUGGGUAUUAGAUGACUUUCCAGAGCUUUAAAGAAACAUCAUAUUAUAUUCCUGAUAUCUUGUGGUAUAAGGCAGGGAGGCAGAAUUUGACUUGUAUGUAUUCAAAUACUUUUCACUUAAGUGUACAAGAGAAGUUAAAUAAAGCUCUUCUGUUUGAAAGGGAAAAAAAGUCUUGAAGGUAGGUAAUAAAUGUACUUAAAGUAGUCAUUACGUGGAGGAUUAAGUCAGCAGUUUAAGCCUCUACUGCUAAGAUCAUGCCAGUGAUUUCCAUUCAGAAUCACUAUUUUCAAGCAUUUAUAACUGGCUGAAAUUCAGCGUUCAAGGUCUCAACCCAUUCUAUUUUUUUGAGAGUAGCCUUUAAAAAGAAUGAAGAAAUAUUGGAGCCCUCCUUUUCUAGGAAUCCUCAGUGCCACUGGAUCUCCAAAGAAUGCAUUUGGCAUUUGACAUUGCCCAUUGUGUAGCCUAGAAGUUUCUCUGGACCGUUGCAAUGUUGAGCAAUAGGAGACCUUGCCACAAUACAGGUCGAUGUGUUGGGUACAAGAAGAUCUAUGGGAUGCAACUUUUGCAUUAUCGCCGCUCUCACGGGGCUUAAGAUGUGCUGUAUGGAAAUAUAUGCCAAAAAAUCACCUCUAUGUGAUGGGGUAAUACCUGUGAUCAGUGUGAAGUCGUAGUGUAUAAUGUACUGAAAUGCGAUGGUGUGGUACUGUAGGACCAUGUUGGGCUGCACAAAGCCUUUCUUGGGUGCAGGCUUCCUUUGGGAUACUGCGAGCACUGAAUGUUCCGAAACAUCACAUUCUCUGUGCUUAUAUGUUUUCCAAAACGUGUCUUCUCCGGGUUCAUGGUGUGGUUUUAGAAGGCAGCUCAAUGAGAGGUUGGUGAGGUUUGAUGAGAUCCACGUUCACCCAAGAGGCCAAAACACGACGUCAACGCCAAGUACCACGGCACAGGGCCCCAUCCCCGUCCUGAAGUCAGCUUUGGCUGCUUUUGCUUUUCUGCAAGACCCCAGGUUGGGGGCAGAGCCUCAGCCCUUCACCAUAAGUCUUGGCAACCCCUUCCAUCCCCACAGUUAUGGAUUUGUCGGUGCUGAGCAUGCAGGAGAGUACAGAUUUGCUCCUUACAUGCCGGGAGCGACGCUUAACUCAAUCCAUCCAACUUACAGUAAGCUUGUUGGCAUCUCUUCUACUCCUGCUCCCUCUUUAUCUCCAUUUGGGAAUGCAGUGGGGACAGGAGGGAGUGCUUCAGGGUUGGGAGUGGGACCAUGGGAAGGGAAGGGAUGAGCACCCCUCCAUUUUCAGCCAUCCUGUUGGAAUUUCGGUCACCUCCAUGCUUUUUCUGUCUCUAGCCACUUAAAUGAGGUGAUUUUCCCAUGCUGGGAAUACAACAGUGUUGUGGAUGUGCGGGUUGUUUUCCACUUCUGCGUCAGGUUUUGUUCUGUUUUGUAACCUUCUAACACUACACAUGGACGAUGUUGUGCGUCUUCCACGUACUGUAGUUCUGUAGGCAUUUCCUCUCAUUGACUCCACAAACCUCACCUGAAGACAGAAGGAUAGAAGCUGUGGAGGAGUGUAACAUGACGUCGGUCCAUUUUUAAAACAGGAAGCAAAAAGAACAUGAAUAGAGGUUUUAUAUUACUCUGAAAUUUGUGCACAAUAAAUGUUCUUUACACUAGGGUCCUUGAAUUAACUCUAUUCUGGAUUAUUAUUAUUAUUUUUGUUUUGUUCUGUAAUUAUUUACGAUUCUUAUCUGUGUUCAGACUUGAGCUUAGUUUGUUAAUAUGUAUAAUUUAGCAUUUAUUGCAUUCAUAUGUAAAUAUGAGCAAGUAUUGUAAACUAUUUCAUUGCUGGGGACUGUGGGUGUUAUACAUACACACAUUUAGGACUGCAGUUUUUGGUAUAAUUUUUUGUAUUGUAAAAUAACAGCUAAUUUAAAGCAGGAUCAAGGAAAUUACUUGGAGGUCUGUGCAUUUUAAAUACAAAUGUGAAGUACCUGUACAUAAAUAAAAGUAAAUAAUGCAAAUCUUUCCUCUGAAAUAAAAGGUAGACGAUCUGGUUAAAAA